UACUUUUACAAAAUUUAUCCAAUUUGAACCUUAUUCGUAUUAACGAAUCUAGUACACCCGCAAAGACUUCACCUUAUUCUAAAAGUAUUGGCGAAUCUAGUACACUGGCAAAGACUCCAAGUAAAGACAAUGACAGGUGAGCUAAAUAAAAUUUUUUAUUGUAAUCAAAUGCUUUGUAACAAAUGGAUGGAGAACCUUUAGGAUAUAAAAUAGAGGUGAUUAUACUCUCAUCCCCCUCCAGUACAAACAAGGCAACUAUCAGUGGAUGCACCAUGGUAAUAAGAACAUAUAACGAAUCAUUUAAUAAACCUUAAGCUUAAUUGGAUUACUUUGAAUGAUCACAUACUUUUGCUGAAUUUAGGGAACCAUAAUGUAUCAAAAACCCCAAAUUAUGCUGCUAGACACAGGAAAAUAUUAUUUUGAUGUGAAAAACGACACUUAAAGUAUGGGUCAUGUGUCAAACUACAAUUUAAUUUCCCGGGUCUCUAGUGCAUCGUGUCAUUUUAACAUAUGGCUUGUGUAAUUAAAACGAAGAGGGGCUACGCAGCCAACCAUCAACUGCCACCGCUAAAUCUAAUUAUCAUCUUCUCAACUUUCUCACCAAUCCACUCAUUUUGUCAAACUAAUGCACCCUUUUUUCUUUUUCAACUGUUUUAUCCCUCACCUACUUUGAAUCACACAUACAUAUAAGCUAGUUUCCACGCAUCUCUUUUAACAAACCAACCAUCCAAUCUCUUCCCUUUUCCACUUUCUUCCUUUACCUCUAUUCCCUUCUUCACCACUCAAUUAACCCAUCCCAAGCAAAACAUAAUCAUUCGUGCAAGAACUUGAAAAAGAUCUCAAAUAAUGAAUCAUUAUUAUAUUGCUUAUGAUUUGGUGAUGGUUACUCUAUCAUUAUCUCUCAUCGUUCUUGGUGUUGUCCUCUUUCUUGUGUGCAAGAAGAAACCAGUUGAAUCAGAAGAAACACUUCCGAUGAAGCACUAUGCUCGUGCUUACUCGUUGAUGGACAUUGAUGCUGCUACUGAUGGGUUCAACCACAGGAGAAUUGUGGGAAAGGGUCGUAUAGGAACUGUUUAUGCGGGUGUGCAAGAGAAUGGAGAACUAGUAGCUGUGAAACGGGUUCAUCCAGUGCUUGUGUUGAGCAAUGCAGGAUUUGGGUUCUCAUCGGUAUUGAAAUGGCUUUCUUCAGUUCAACACCCCAACAUAGUUCCCAUAAUAGGAUUUUCAGAAGCCCCAGGUGAGAGAAUUAUAGUGAUGGAGUUAGUGAGAAUGGUAAGCUUAGACUUUUAUUUGCAUCAAAACCUCAAUGGAGCUUCUCUUUUGGAUUGGAACAAGAGGAUCAGAAUUGCAGCUGGAGCAGCUAGAGGGCUUCAGCACCUGCAUGAAGUGGCAACACCAAAUAUUGUACAUGGGUGUGUUAAGUCUUCAAAUAUUUUGAUUGAUGUCAACUUGUGUCCUAGGAUUUCUGAUUACGGUCUCAACUUUUUGGCACCCUUUGAAAAGAAAGGGCUUGUGGGUUAUGUAGAUGAUGAGUAUUGGAAUGGAAGAGGAAGUGGUGGUGGUGCUAGCAAGGAAAGUGAUGUUUAUGGGUUAGGGGUGGUCCUUCUGGAGCUAGUAAGUGGUAGAGGAUGUGAAGAAGGAUUGAUUGCAAAGUGGGCAUUGCCUUUGAUCAAGGAAAUGAGAUUUAGUGAACUUUUGGAUCCUAGAUUGGUUAUUCCUUCUGAUAUGAAGCCUCUAGUUAGAUUAGCCAAAGUUGCUUUAGCUUGUGUUGGUAAUUCAAGGAAGUGUAGGCCUUCUAUGGUUCAAGUGGCAACCAUUUUGAACAAUUUAGAGAUGGAAGUGUGCAUCUAAUCCUAUUGGACAUGUCAAUACUCAAUUUGUUUGGAACAUUUGUCUUCAAUUUUGGACAAUGCGGACGGAGACCCGUUACCCAAAUGGGAAAAUAAUUGGUAUAUAUGUAUUUUAUGUUUUCUUGUAAGCUUUACCAGUUCUACGCUCAUUGGAUAUAUGCGGGCUCUUUUACAAGAGAUUUUGUAUUAUGUGCAUAACCGAGGGACUUUAUACCCAACCAGUG